UGUCCCGCCUAAAGCGGGACGUAUGGUAAGCCUAUAUAUAUAUACAAGACUCAAUCGUAGUUUUUUGAUCGGCGAAUUCUUACUAUAUAUGUAUGUAUAUAGCCCAAGAAAGCGAUGUCGCUACACCUCCUCGGCUAGGGUAUAACUAAAUUCAUGUUCAGUUAUCAUAUAUCGUCGAUUUUGUUGAUACAUACGUUUUGUGGUGACCGUACAUUUAAACCCACGUACAUUUGAACCCAUGUGUAUAUUCGCGGGUUCAAUCUAUAUGCGGGUGCUAAACCCAUGGGUUAGGGUUAGUAUGGGUUCAAAUAUCCGUAAAACAACAAAAAUUUCCAUAGGUUCAAUAGUAUGCCGGUGCGAUCGUCGUGAGUUCAAAUGUACGUGGGUUCAAAUGUAAUGGAACCACGUUUUGUAUUUGAGUAGGAAAAUAUUUGAUUUCGCAUUUCUUCCGUAUGGGGUGUCUUGAACCCAUUACUUUUGUGCCAGUUUAAACCAAUAUGCGCAUAAACUUUCAUGCCUAAUUGCAAAUGAUCGUAUAUGUGUCUGUGUCAUUCGCUUGCUCUAACGCAAUCUUAUUUGCUUCUUUGUUGUUUAGUCCUGUGGUCCCCGCCGCAGUGUAUUUCAAAGCCCCUGGACCUCCUUCAUACAUAAAAAAAACUUUUGAAUUGACAAAUUAAGUUAAUAUUACAUUGUCGAUUGGCUUUCUGUGGGACUAAUUUCUCGUCAUUCUCUCGUGCUUUUACGCUGGUGGAUUCUCAUGCUAAGAGCUAAGAUAACUGUUCAAAAUAAUUCAAGGGUCUUGCAGUACACUAUCACAAAUAAUUUAUAUUGCUUUGAGUAUUCAUUUCUCCAUCCUUCUUCUUUGUACUUAGAUAGACUUUGUUUCCCAGUUUGAAAGUAUAAUUAAUCUUCAAUUAAACAUUAAGAAUUUGCUGUAGCAAGUUUUUUGAUAUUUGGACACAAUAUUUUGAAAUGUGUUCUGAUGUUCCCGCACGAUAUGUGCUUUUAUCGAUGCUAUUCUUUGGGUCGUUCAACAUUCCAUUGCUGAGGUAUAACUUGAGCAUCGCAAUUGUUUCAAUGGUAAACACGUCUUCGACUAAUAAUUCAAGUCGUUUAUCCUACGAUUCUUGUUCUAAUUCUGAUAAUACAACAACCGAAAAUAUUGAGAAGUUUGGUUCAUUUGAAUGGAACACUGUGAAACAAGGCCUUGCUCUGGGAUGCUAUUUCUAUGGAUUCGUGUGUACACCAAUUUUGGGACCAUGGGCUGCUAAGAAAGUUGGAUUCAAAAUUGUUGUUGGUGCAGCAGUUGCUUUGUCAUCAAUACUCACAAUUUUAAUACCAUAUGCAGCUUACGGUGGAUUUGUAUAUUUCGUUACACUGAGGAUAAUCAUUGGCUUUUGUCAGGGUGCCGUCGGUCCUUCAUCAGUAGCAGCUUUCUCGGCAUGGAUUCCUUUCCAGCAUAAAACUACAGCGAUUUCAAUCGUAAUGUGCGGUUUUUUUCUUGGAGCAUUUGCCGCCUUGCCUAUCUCUGCACUUAUAAGUGAAUACGUCAAUUGGGAAACAGUAUUUUACGUGACGGGUUCUUUCUCGCUGCUUUGGUCUAUUCUGUGGUUUGGUUUGGUUUACAAUUCUCCUGAGCAACAUCCAAGAAUAACGAAAAAAGAGAAAAAAUAUUUACUGAGAAAUACUUCUAUAAUCAACGAAAACGAUAAAAAAGAACAAAACAUACCGUGGUUGAGAAUUAUGACGUCAUUACCUUUCCUAGCAACAGUUAUCACACAUAUUUCUUUUGAUUGGACAUUGACGAUGACAAGUUUGGUGUUACCAACGUAUUUAACAAACACUUUGAACUUGGGAAUAUUAGCGGCUGGAGCAUCCACCGGUGCGCCGUGGUUGAUGAUGAUGGUCAUUACGUUGAUUGGAGAAAGAAUAUCGAACGUACUGAAACGGAAGAAAACAUUUUCUAUGAUCACAAUACGGAAAGGAUUGGUUGCGACUGUCACUUUACCUUCCGCUAUCUUCUUCAUUUUAGCCUCAUACACUGGUUGCAAUCAACAAUUGACAAUACUUUUAUUCUUUUUAAUCAUAUCGCUUCAAGGACUGCACAUUCCUGGUACAGAAGCAAAUGUUUUUGAUCUGUCGAACAGAUACUCCAGUAUAUUGUUUGGAAUUCUUGUAACAACAAGUCACUUGACAGGAAUUUUAGCUCCGCAGUUGACUGGAGUACUAUUACAUAAUGAGAAUUCAAUUGGCGGUUGGCGAACAAUUUUCUUCAUUACCGCUGGCAUAAAUAUAUUAGCCGCCAUAACAUUUUGCAUAUUUGCUUCUGACAAGGAACAACCGUGGUCAAAGGAAGACACAAAUACCUCAGUCGAUAAUGAAGCCCAUGAUAAACCACUGACAAAAAGACGGAAUAGCAGCCAACAAGACGAUUCAACAGUCUAAUAAAUACGUGAAGCUUGUACGUUAGCUUAAAAAUGAAUGAAGCAAUUAGUCUCAUGGCGACAAUCAGCAUUUACAUUUAUAUAAAACAUGUAAGAAGCCAGUCCUUUCUGCGCAAGUAUCGAAUAAUACAGAGGAAUAUGUGAAAUCUCAUUCAGGAAUCUCGAUAAAUAAAUAUUGGAAUAUUUAGA